AUGUCUCACAUACAUGCUAAGCUUAAAGCACUUAGACUGGAUUUAUCAGAAGAAUUACUAGUGUACUUUGUUUUGAUAUCUCUUCCUCCAUACUUUAAUCAUUUCAAGGAGAAGAAAAAGUUAAAGUAUGAGAAGACAGAGAGUGCUCAUCCAGCUACGGUCUCAAAGGAUAAGAAGAAUAAGAAAAAGAAAGCAGUGGAAGACGACAGCCUCUGGGUUGUUGAUAGUGGUUGCACUUCUCACAUGUGCAAGAAUGAAGUCAUGUUUGUGUCACUUGACAAAUCAGCAACAGGCCAAGUAAGACUUGAAAACGGUAUCCUGGAAUCCAUAAAAGGCAAAGGUAAUGUUGCUAUAGAAACGAGGGAAGGUAGGAAACUUAUCACUGAUGUGAAUUUCGUUCCCACUCUCUCUCAAAAUCUGCUUAGUGUAAAUCAAAUGACCAAUAAUGGAUACUCAGUUUCAUUCAAAAACCAAUGCUGUAGAAUCCAUAAUCAUGAAGACAAAUUGAUUGCUCUCAUUCCAAAAAGGAACCAAGCGUACUCCUUGAAUCUCCAAGAAGUAGUUGAAAUGGCAAACACUGUCACAAUACCUGAAGGGAAGCUGUGGCAUAGACGUUUUGGCCAUUAUCAUGCUGCUGGGUUACUUCAGUUGCAGAAGGGAGACCUAACCAAGGAUCUUCCAAAUAUAGGAGCUACCGAAAAG